CUUCCUGUUUGCAGUUAACUUUCACUCUGUGUGCUCGUGGGUUUCGCAGCGUCUCUUCUCUCCAUCUGGAAGACAGCAUUACAUCUGGAGUCACAGAUGGAGUCCCAGUUGGAGUUGCAGCUAGAGUCAUAUCAGGAUUCACAGCUGGAGCAGGGGGCCCAGUUGGAGUCACAGCUGGAGUCACAGCUGGAUUUAUAUCGGGAUUCACAGCAAGAGCAGUGGUCACAGGUGGAGUCACAGCUGGAGUCAUAUCGGGAUACACAGUUGGAUCUAGGGGCCCAGCUGGAGUCAAAGCUGGAGUCACAUCUGGAUUCAUAUCAGGAUUCACAGCUGGAUCAAGGGGCCGAGCUGGAGUCACAGCUGGAUUUAUAUCGGGAUUCACAGCAAGAGCAGUGGUCACAGGUGGAGUCACAGCUGGAGUCAUAUCGGGAUACACAGCUGGAUCUAGGGGCCCAGCUGGAGUCACAGCUGGAGUCCCAACUGGAUUUAUAUCGGGAUUCACAGCAGGAGCAUUGGUCACAGGUGGAGUCACAGCUGGAGACAUAUCGGGAUUCACAGCUGAAUCUAGGGGCCCAACUGGAGUCACAGCUGGAGUCACAGCUGGAUUUAUAUCGCGAUUCACAGCAGGAGCAUUGGUCACAGGUGGAGUCACAGCUGGAGUCAUAUCGGGAUUCACAGCUGGAUCUAGGGGCCCAGCUGGAGUCACAGCUGGAUUUAUAUCGGGAUUCACAGCAAGAGCAGUGGUCACAGGUGGAGUCACAGCUGGAGUCAUAUCGGGAUUCACAGCUGGAUCUAGGGGCCCAGCUGGAGUCACAGCUGGAGUCACAGCUGGAUUUAUAUCGGGAUUCACAGCAGGAGCAGUGGUCACAGGUGGAGUCACAGCUGGAGUCAUAUCGGGAUUCACAGCUGGAUCUAGGGGCCCGGCUGGAGUCACAGCUGGAGUCAAACCUGGAUUCACAGCAGGAGCUGGGUGCCCAGCUGGAGUCACAUCUGGAGUUAUAUCGGGAUUCACAGCUGGAGGUGGGGUCACAGCUGGAGUCACAGCUGGAGUCAUAUCGGGAUUCACAGCUGGAUCUAGGGGCCCAGCUGGAGUCACAGCUGGAGUCACAGCUGGAUUUAUAUCGGGAUUCACAGCAAGAGCAGUGGUCACAGGUGGAGUCACAGCUGGAGUCAUAUCGGGAUACACAGCUGGAUCUAGGGGCCCAGCUGGAGUCACAUCUGGAGUCCCAACUGGAUUUAUAUCGGGAUUCACAGCAGGAGCAGUGGUCACAGGUGGAGUCACAGCUGGAGUCAUAUCGGGAUUCACAGCUGGAUCUAGGGGCCCGGCUGGAGUCACAGCUGGAGUCAAACCUGGAUUCACAGCAGGAGCUGGGUGCCCAGCUGGAGUCACAUCUGGAGUUAUAUCGGGAUUCACAGCUGGAGGUGGGGUCACAGCUGGAGUCACAGCUGGAGUAACAGCUUGAGUCACAGGAAGUGCAAAAUAUUAAACAAAGGGUGUAAUGCAUGCUUUAGCACCCUUGUAGAACUGAUCCUUAGCAGGGCCUCACACGUGGUCCAUCCCAAUCCCCCCUACUUCCUUGUACACAGUAGUUAUGGCCAGAUGAAGCCUCAUGAAGCAUUUUCUUCAUUUUCUGUGCCCACUAGACGACUCUCUCAGUCAAACAAAGGGUUAAAAACACACUGAAUUGCCAUUACUUGAGCCUUUCUCUUUAAACCAACAGUGCUAUCUAGCAGAGAUGGGGACUCGAGUCCAAGAUGUGUUGCACUUAAGUCGCACAAACAGCGACUUCAGACUUGACUUGCGACUCGACCCAAAAGACUUCAGACUUGACUCGGACUCGGGCUUCGAGACUUGUCAACAACGCUUUUCAUGCAGUUAUAGCUUUUUAAAUCUAAAGCGCUUUUAUUGGCGCAUAUACAUUGGGGAAAUAUAUGACGAGCUGCAUAUCCUCUGCCCUUUGCCAUAAUGUGCAACGUAACGCAUGCGCUACGCCUUAUGUGCGCACACUCGCAUAUCAAUAAAUGCAUUGACGAUGCCGACACCAAGUCCUCCCGGAGUUGUACCUUUUGUCAUUAGUUUUGCUUUCAAUAACUUCGUAAACAGCGGCAGUAAGCGGAGAGCUACAUGCAAGGUGUGUGGCACCAAGAUAAAUGAUGCCGGAUCAACGACGUCGAACUUCAUUAGGCAUCUCAAAACGCACCCAGAUAGAUCAGUCACUUACACGCUGAUGUGAAAGAGACAUUACAUUUAGCAUAUAUCGUCACAGGUAACAAGCUAACUAUCGCAAAGUGUUAAAAGUGCUUAUGCAAGGAACAGGCAAAUUGUAUCUUUAUAGAUGUAUCCAUAUGAUGUGACAGACUUAGGUUAAUAUUUCACCAGGUCCGAGGGCUAGGGGGAUGUGUUAAGUAGCAGAAGAUUAGACUAUACGAUGUUCUAAGUUGGUGACCCAAUGUAAGUUCUGGAUGUAACAAAGUUAAGCUAGCUCCAUUAAAGCAUACGCGAUAAGUUGAAAUGUUGAAAAAUACAGUUUACUUAAUUAAUUUGUGUUUCCUCAGAUUGCAUUGCAGUAGACCCCAUAAA